AUGCAACCUCUUGGAGCUUCUCCGCUUCCCGAUGAUAACACGAACACAUUCCAAGCUGCGUUUUUCGUAACAGAUAAUGGAACGUAUGCGAAUUUCAUAUACAAAAAUAUCGGAUGGACACAAGGAGCCGAGGCUGGUUUCAAUAAAGGUGAUGGUAGCGAACGUUACGCACUGCCUACAUCAGGAACAGGAAAUAUC